AUGUCAAGCAACAAGAGACGAGCAGUUGAAGCUGCAAUCAACAGGCCAGAUUUUAUGCAGUGGAGUGCUUAUCCAUCAGACAAAGCCUCCAGUUAUCCGUUAAUUCCAGGCCAAGUUCGAGGUGAACUUGUAUCGAGGCCCUCGCGGUUUCUGUACAUGGCUGAUUCGUCACUUGGUGCCGGUGGUAUGAGUGCGGGAAGGAAGGAUUUCAAGAAUGCACAUCAAGGUGAUGCCUCAGCACAUUCUCACAAUCUUCGUGAAACCCUAAAGGCAAAAGUCAAUCACGUUCAAGAUUUUGAAAAUGCGGUGUCUGAGCCAGUAAGCAACUAUUUGAGAAAGGCCGAUGAAGGAAGAUUGUUGAGGAGUACUGAUCGUAACAAGUACUAUGGCAGCUUCUUGUCUUUGGGCCUUCCACCUCAGAUUAAGGAUGGGAGUGACACACCGAUGGAUGUGAUUCGCAAUGAAGGAUUGGACCUGCGUCUCACCUUAGGUCACAAUUACGAGGAGAACAUUGCUCCUGACAGAGCUGAUGAAGGACCUGAACAUGCAUCUGGCAUGGCCAUUGCUGAUAACCGGGCGAUUGUAGACUAUACAAACUAUGCUCACUUGUCAAGAGUAACUAACCAGUUGAGCACUAUCGAGCUGAAUGCUCAUCAGAAUAAAAUACCAGUGUAUGUGAUUCGCAACAGUGUAUGCAAACCGCAUCGAACCUUAGAUUGCAACUAUAAGCACAAACGAAAUGCUGCCGUUUUUGGAGGAGUUAAGGUCACUGCCAACUAUGAGGCAAUGGUAGACUAUCAUAACUCUGCUCAAUCUUCAGGGGCAACUAGUCAGGUCAGCACAGUUGAGCCAAAUGCUCAUCGUUCUCCAGAAAGCAAUUCGAAUCCGGCAGGCAAUGCUAAAACACAUGAAACUUUCAGGAGAGAGUUGCCAAAUACGAUCGGUGAGCGUCACCCUAAUGUAAACCUGUCAUCUGUCCAUAGUCUAUUUUCGACUGGAAUAUUUGAUGGUGCUCCGGUGAAGUACAUUUUGAGAAGGCGCAAUCUUUUAUGGCUCUUUAUUCGACACUUGACAUACGGAGUUCCACAGAUAAUUCUUCAUGGAGUUAUCAAAGGGCCAAAGAUUCUUUGUAGCUGCAGAGAAUGCAACAACUCUGAAUACGUUACCCCCUACAAAUUUGAGCUCCAUGCUGGAGGAAGGACAAAGCAUCCGAAUGCAUGCAUUUACUUUGAGAAUGGCAAGACCGUCCAUGGAGUUUUUCAGCAGCUGAGGGACACACCGGAGCAUAUGCUUUUUGAUGCAAUUCCUAGAAUCGCCGGUUCUGCUGAUUCUGACAGCUUGCCUUUGUUUAUGCUUUGGUUGCAUUUGUGA